AUGAUGAUCACGAAGAGUAGGCUAGCUGGGGGUUAUUUUGGAAAUGGACUUGAUACCGCCGGUGAAUCUGAGGGGUCUGGUAGCUCUGGACGGAUAGACACUGAAAUUACGGUUUCCGAGGAUUCGAGUAUCCCGGCGAGGAAAUGUAUUAGCUUGAAUUCGAGUCGCCGUGAUGCUUUUGGUGCCCCAAUGCAAGUUGUUCCCUUGUCGAAUAUGUCUCUUUCCCAGAGGAAAGAUCUGGUGCAAAGGUUGAGGUCUGAGCUUGAGCAGAUUCGGAUGCUUCAGAAGAAAAUUGAAUUGCAAAGGGCAAGUGGUGUUGCGAUGUCGUCCUCCAGUGAUAUUCUUAGCUGUAGUAAUGGCAAUAAUGGGCAUGGAGUGGAAAGGGAUAAAAAGCCGUCGUUGUCUAGUUCUGCACCGGGGAAUAAGAUGAAAUCGUCAGGUAAUAAGAGUCAGAAGCCACGCGGAUGGAACCGCGGUUCUUCAGGGAAGUUCGAGUCUGCGGUGCGAACUGCUUCACCAACCACUGCGAAUGCUAUGCUAAUGAGAGAUUGUGAGUCGCUGUUGAAAAAGUUGAUGACUCAUCAGUAUGGUUGGGUUUUCAACACCCCUGUGGAUGUUGUGAAGUUGAAUCUUCCGGAUUAUUUCAGUAUUAUUAAGCGUCCUAUGGAUUUGGGAUCAGUAAAAAGUAAGAUAGUUGCAGGAGCAUAUUCUGGCCCACUGGAAUUUGCUGAUGAUGUGAGGCUUACAUUUUCAAAUGCAAUGACCUAUAAUCCGCCCGGGAAUGAUUUCCAUCUCAUGGCUGAUACUCUCAGUAAAUUUUUUGAGUUGAGAUGGAAAACAAUUGAGAAGAAACUGCCAAGAAGUGAUGUUCUUCCAUUACCUGCAAAACCAGACAAUUGUGAAGGUGUAAAAACUAAAAGACCAGCGCCUCCUUCAAAGAAGAGGAAAAUUGCCUCUUUGCCCCCACAACCUGAAGUCAUGCCACCUGCAAAGAAGGUUAUGUCAGAUCAAGAGAAGCAUGAUCUAGGUCGAGAAUUGGAGUCUAUGCUGGGAGAAAUGCCUAUGCACAUAAUUGAUUUCUUAAAAGAACAUAGUUCAAAUGGUAGAGAAUGUGGAGAGGAUGAGAUUGAGAUUGAUAUUGAUGAUCUCAGUGAUGAUACGUUGUUCACGUUACGGAAGCUUUUGGACGACUUUUUACAAGAGAAGCAAAAGAAUAAAACAAAAGUUGAAGCAUGUGAAAUAGAGGUGCUUAAUGAUUCUGGACCAAGCAAUUCCUCAUUGCAACCAUUUAAAGGUAAUGACCCAGCUGAUGAAGAGGUUGAUAUUGGUGGAAAUGAGCCCCCUGUGUCAAGUUAUCCUCAUGUGGAGAUUGAGAAGGAUACAACUUACAGAAUGAACAAAUCCCUAAGCCCAGGAAGCUCCAAUGAUACAGACUCUGAUAGUUCUUCUGACAGUGAAUCUGAUGAUGAUAAAGCAAGUCCAGCAAAUGCAGCAAAGGCACCAGAAAAUCUGGGUUCUGCUGAUCAGUUUGGUGAAAAAACCAGGGCUGCUGCUACUCUUGACAGAAAUCAAUCUGUUAGUGGCUUAGAUCAACUUGAGGAUAACUCUCAGCUUAAGCCAAGUUCUUUUGAUUCUGAUUGCCAUCAAGAUGGGGACAGUGCUCCAACUGAGAGACAGGUCUCCCCUGAUAAACGUUACCGAGCUGCUGUAUUGAAGAAGCGAUUUCUUGAUACCAUUUUGAAAGCUCGAGAAAAGACACUGAAACAAGGUGAAAAGGGAGACCCUGAGAAAUUGCGCCAGGAAAGGGAGAAGCUUGAGAUGGAGCAAAGAAAAGGUGAUUUGGGUGUCAUGCUUGUGUGUAUUACUAGAGUUAUGUGUCAAACUGUUCCAUUACUAACCCUCUCUGUUGAUCCAACUCAUUAUCAAGCAGAAAAGGCAAGGCUACAAGCAGAAGCAAAAGCAGCUGAAGAUGCUCAAAAGCAAGCAGAAGCAGAAGCUGCUGCAGAAGCCAGACGAAAAAGGGAGCUUGAGAGACAAGCUGCCCGACAAGCACUGCUCCAGAUGGAAAAGACUGUUGAAAUCAAUGAGAAUUCUCGGCUUCUAGAAGAUUUGGAAAUGCUUAGAGCUGUACCCACUGAGCAAUUGCCAAGUUCUGUAGAUGAAACGAGUCCUGAUCACUCUCAGGAUGGUCUGGGUAGUUUCAAGUUUGGGAGUAGUAAUCCCUUGGAACAACUAGGAUUAUACAUAAAAGCUGAUGAUGAAGAGGAGGAAGGUGAGCCACCAGGCAUUCCAAAUCUUUUACAUGAUGUAGAAGAGGGAGAGAUUGAUUAA